GCUCUACGGUGGCCGAGAGGAUGCCACUGCUGUAUUAGUAACGAGGCAAGAAGCACGGCCGGGAGGUGCAGGGAGCUACGUUUCUCUAAUCUAGCUCCCCCGGUCUCGAGGAGGGUGCCCCGGCAGCCGUCACCAUGGUGAAGGAGCAGUUCCGAGAGACAGAUGUGGCCAAGAAAAUAAGCCACAUCUGUUUUGGAAUGAAGUCACCUGAAGAGAUGCGCCAGCAGGCGCACAUCCAGGUUGUGAGUAAGAACCUGUAUAGCCAGGACAACAACCACGCCCCCUUGCUGUAUGGUGUGCUUGACCAUAGGAUGGGUACAAGUGAGAAGGACCGUCCUUGCGAGACCUGUGGGAAGAACCUGGCUGACUGUCUGGGACACUACGGGUACAUUGACUUGGAGUUGCCAUGCUUCCACGUGGGCUACUUCAGAGCAGUUAUAGGCAUCUUACAGAUGAUCUGUAAAACCUGCUGCCACAUCAUGCUGUCCCAGGAGGAGAAGAAGCAGUUUCUGGAUUAUCUGAAGAGACCCGGCCUGACCUACCUCCAGAAACGUGGCCUGAAGAAGAAAAUCUCUGAUAAGUGCCGGAAGAAAAACAUCUGCCAUUACUGUGGUGCUUUUAAUGGUACUGUAAAGAAAUGUGGAUUACUGAAGAUAAUUCAUGAGAAAUACAAGACCAACAAAAAAGUGGUGGAUCCUAUUGUAUCAAAUUUCCUUCAGUCUUUUGAAACAGCCAUCGAGCAUAACAAAGAAGUAGAACCACUGCUGGGAAGGGCGCAGGAAAACCUGAAUCCCUUAGUAGUUCUGAAUUUAUUUAAACGAAUCCCAGCUGAAGAUGUCCCUCUACUUCUAAUGAACCCAGAAGCUGGAAAGCCCUCUGAUUUGAUUCUCACGCGACUUUUAGUGCCCCCUUUGUGUAUCAGACCCUCCGUCGUGAGUGAUUUGAAGUCUGGCACCAAUGAAGAUGAUCUGACGAUGAAACUGACAGAAAUCAUUUUCCUAAAUGAUGUCAUCAAAAAGCAUCGCAUAUCAGGAGCUAAGACCCAGAUGAUCAUGGAAGACUGGGAUUUCCUGCAGCUGCAGUGCGCCCUCUACAUUAACAGUGAGCUCUCGGGCAUCCCCCUCAACAUGGCGCCCAAGAAAUGGACCAGAGGUUUUGUCCAGCGCCUAAAGGGAAAACAGGGUCGAUUUAGAGGCAACCUUUCAGGAAAGAGAGUGGAUUUUUCUGGCAGAACAGUCAUCUCACCUGACCCCAACCUCAGGAUUGAUGAGGUAGCCGUGCCAGUUCACGUGGCCAAAAUUCUUACUUUUCCUGAGAAGGUGAACAAAGCAAACAUCAACUUUUUGAGGAAACUGGUUCGAAAUGGCCCUGAAGUUCACCCAGGAGCCAAUUUCAUUCAGCAGAGACACACACAGAUGAAAAGGUUUUUGAAGUACGGAAAUAGGGAAAAGAUGGCUCAGGAGCUCAAGUACGGGGACAUCGUGGAGAGGCACCUCAUAGAUGGAGAUGUGGUGCUGUUCAAUCGGCAGCCCUCCCUGCACAAAUUGAGCAUUAUGGCGCAUCUGGCCAAGGUCAAGCCGCACCGGACCUUCAGAUUUAACGAGUGUGUCUGUACACCCUACAAUGCGGAUUUUGAUGGUGAUGAGAUGAACCUUCAUCUUCCUCAAACAGAAGAAGCUAAAGCAGAGGCUCUUGUUCUCAUGGGGACGAAAGCAAAUCUUGUAACACCAAGGAAUGGAGAACCACUGAUUGCUGCUAUUCAGGACUUUCUAACAGGCGCCUAUCUCCUCACUCUUAAGGACACUUUCUUUGACCGAGCCAAGGCCUGCCAAAUCAUUGCUUCAAUAUUAGUUGGCAAGGACGAGAAAAUUAAAGUUCGCCUUCCACCACCUACAAUAUUAAAGCCUGUCACCCUGUGGACAGGAAAGCAGAUAUUCAGCGUCAUCCUCAGACCUAGUGAUGACAAUCCAGUAAGGGCCAAUCUCCGAACCAAGGGAAAGCAGUACUGUGGCAAAGGAGAAGAUCUCUGUGUCAACGAUUCCUACGUUACCAUCCAGAACAGUGAGUUGAUGAGCGGCAGCAUGGACAAGGGAACGUUGGGAUCAGGAUCAAAGAACAAUAUUUUUUACAUUUUGCUGCGAGACUGGGGGCAGAACGAAGCUGCCGAUGCAAUGUCACGGCUUGCCAGGCUGGCUCCUGUCUACCUCUCCAACCGUGGAUUCUCCAUCGGGAUUGGUGACGUCACACCUGGUCAAGGGUUGCUAAAGGCCAAGUAUGAGUUGCUGAAUGCUGGCUAUAAAAAAUGUGAUGAAUACAUUGAAGCCCUAAACACAGGAAAGCUGCAGCAGCAGCCUGGUUGCACCGCUGAGGAGACUCUAGAGGCUCUGAUCCUGAAGGAGCUGUCUGUGAUCCGCGACCACGCGGGCAGUGCCUGCCUCCGGGAACUGGAUAAGAGCAAUAGCCCACUCACCAUGGCUCUGUGCGGCUCCAAAGGUUCUUUCAUUAACAUAUCACAGAUGAUUGCCUGUGUAGGACAGCAAGCCAUCAGUGGCUCUCGAGUGCCAGAUGGCUUUGAAAACAGGUCCUUGCCUCACUUUGAAAAACACUCAAAGCUCCCAGCUGCCAAAGGCUUUGUGGCUAAUAGCUUUUAUUCCGGUUUGACACCGACCGAGUUUUUCUUCCACACAAUGGCUGGCCGGGAAGGUCUAGUCGACACAGCCGUAAAGACUGCUGAAACGGGAUACAUGCAGAGAAGGCUUGUCAAGUCCCUUGAAGAUCUUUGCUCACAAUACGAUCUGACAGUCCGAAGCUCUACGGGUGAUAUUAUCCAGUUCAUUUACGGGGGAGAUGGCUUGGAUCCUGCAGCUAUGGAGGGAAAAGAUGAACCUUUAGAGUUCAAAAGGGUUCUGGACAACAUCAAAGCAGUCUUCCCGUGUCAGAGCGAGCCUGCGCUGAGUAAAAAUGAGCUGGUCCUGACCACGGAGUCAAUCAUGAAGAAGACGGAGUUCCUCUGCUGCCAGGACAGCUUCCUGCAGGAAAUAAAAAAAUUCAUUAAGGGUGUUUCUGAGAAGAUCAAGAAAACCAGAGACAAAUACGGCAUCAACGAUAACGGCACAACAGAGCCCCGGGUGUUGUACCAGUUGGACCGGAUCACCCCCACCCAGAUUGAGAAGUUCCUGGAGACCUGCAGGGACAAGUACAUGAGGGCACAGAUGGAGCCGGGUUCUGCGGUGGGUGCACUCUGUGCCCAGAGCAUUGGUGAACCAGGCACUCAGAUGACCCUGAAGACUUUCCACUUUGCGGGCGUGGCCUCCAUGAACAUCACCCUGGGUGUGCCCCGGAUCAAAGAGAUCAUCAACGCUUCCAAGGCCAUCAGCACUCCCAUCAUCACAGCCCAGCUGGACAAGGACGACGACGCAGACUACGCUCGCCUCGUGAAGGGCAGAAUUGAGAAAACCCUCUUGGGAGAGAUUUCAGAGUAUAUUGAAGAAGUGUUUCUUCCGGAUGAUUGCUUUAUCCUCGUCAAACUCUCCCUGGAACGGAUCAGACUUCUGAGACUGGAAGUGAACGCUGAGACAGUGCGGUAUUCCAUCUGCAUGUCUAAGCUCCGUGUGAAGCCUGGUGACGUGGCCGUUCACGGUGAGGCCGUGGUGUGCGUCACCCCCAGAGAGAACAGCAAAAGCUCCAUGUACUAUGUGCUGCAGUUCCUGAAAGAGGAUCUCCCCAAGGUGGUGGUACAGGGCAUCCCAGAGGUUUCCAGAGCUGUCAUCCACAUCGACGAGCAGAGCGGAAAGGAAAAGUACAAACUCCUGGUGGAGGGCGAUAACCUGCGGGCAGUCAUGGCCACUCACGGUGUGAAGGGCACCCGCACUACCUCCAACAACACCUACGAGGUGGAGAAAACCCUGGGCAUCGAAGCUGCCCGGACAACUAUCAUCAACGAAAUCCAGUACACGAUGGUCAACCACGGAAUGAGCAUCGACAGGAGGCACGUGAUGCUGCUAUCCGACCUGAUGACCUACAAGGGUGAAGUCCUGGGCAUUACGAGAUUUGGCCUGGCCAAGAUGAAAGAGAGUGUGCUGAUGCUGGCCUCCUUUGAGAAGACAGCCGACCAUCUCUUCGAUGCUGCCUACUUCGGGCAGAAGGACUCCGUGUGUGGGGUGUCUGAAUGCAUCAUCAUGGGGAUCCCCAUGAACAUUGGAACUGGGCUCUUCAAGCUGCUACACAAGGCCGACAGGGACCCAAGCCCUCCCAGGAGGCCCCUGAUCUUCGACACAAAUGAAUUCCACAUCCCCCUUGUCACAUAGUCCAGGGAAGAGGGGACCAUUCCUGACCUUGGCUCUUUGUCCCGUCUGGAAAGGGUCGACAUUGGCAGCCGAUCUGGAGAGCUUGUGCUUCCUGAGACAGACCCUGACAUCCCCACCGUGCUGCCAGGUACCCCAAAGUCACGUGGUUUCUUCCUGGGCGCCACGGCAUGCAGCCGGCAUGCACCCCAGGAGCAGCUCACCAGUGCCCCUGAUCACACCACGGUGCAUGGUUGGGAGAACUGAGGUUUGUCUGUCUGUUUGAAACCCUGGAGUCACGAGGAGACCCCGGCCAGGCAUCUUUGUCCUUCUCACUUCAUCCAUCACACCAUGACCCAGAGCCAGCUAUAAGCCUCACGGUCAGGGCAUGUUCCUGGCUUUUCUGUCCCUCAGUCAUGCUAGAAUCUCUCAACAUGGCCUACUCAUGUAAAUGUUAUCACUAUUAUUUAUUUGUUCAGUAAAGAGUCUCGUUAUUUCUUAUUAUUUUGGCUUUACUUUCAAAACCAAGAAGCUAUAAAAACUAAGAGAGCCAGCAUCAAAGUAUCAUGGGAAAAACUGGUUAACCAAAGGGACCAACUAGGAUUUGUAACCAAGUUGAAACUGUUAUGAGGCCCCAAUACUCUGAAACAUCUUUAACAGACACCCCUGGCCACCCCAUUGUUUUUGUUUACCUCUGACCCCCGUAGGGGGAGUCUCUGCCUUGUGACAGGAGUCAGACCCUCCUUUGUGGCCAAUAGAAACCUUGCCAAAGUUUGGAGCCCGCUGAGGUGGGGACUGUCAGUGUACAUGGAGGUGAUGCAUGAGGCUGGUCCAGGCCCCUGCACUGCCCGGGUGGCGACCACACCCCCUGAGGUAUGUGCGCAUUUGCCCUGCCUCCCACAUCCAAAGAGCAAGCAGGGCAGGUGCGGAGCUGUGGCCUAAAAAGUGCCCCGGGGGCUGCGGUGGGAUAGGUCCCUCCUGGGUACAGACAGGCAUCCUCCUUACAUACAGGUAAGGGGUGAACAGGCCACCCAGACAGGAAAGGAGUUCCACGUGGGGGUGGAGUGUCAGAGCUGGCGGUGUGCCCCAUUUGGCAAUAGCAGGCUACUCAAAGGGUAAAUCUGUAACAAUCGAAAGCACCUGUCAGGUUGGGAGGAGAGCCAGCAGGGUAUCCCAGGAAAACCCACGUUUAAUUGCCUUCUUGGUGUUCUGCUGGUGACUGCACCGUCACUGGUGGGUUUUCCAGGGCUUGAGAUGGGGUUUUGUGCAACAGAGGAAAGAAAUGGACAUAGCAUGUCUCAGAGAGCAGACGGUUUUACUGCUGGAGACUGCGGUGCUUUGUACUGAAUUAGCUCCUUAAGAUUGGGCCAGGGUCACGGAGAAGAGUGAUGAUGGCCGCAGCUCUCUACUCUCUCUGGAGAAUGUUCUGUGAAGUCUGCUCUCCUUCCCUUCCCUGUCCAGAGCCGAGUCCCACUGAUCUGGUUCUUACCGCCUCACCAGAAGCUUGGGAAACCAAGGCUGUUUAGUUAGAAGUGAGAUGGUAGUGAAAAGUGGGGCUUUGACCCUACUUCCUGGCUCCAUGUACCUGAGAAGGUCUACUUCCGAAAUGAUGUCGCCAUUCUCUCAUUGUAUCCAGCCGCUGGAAGAAACAGCAGCCCAAACUGAAGACGUAAGAGUUUAUUGUUGAGUAAGAAGAUGGUGUGGCUGAUUGAAGAGGCGGAUGUGGUAAAAGUAGGGGAGGGGGGCCAGGCCCCCCCCCAUCUACCUCUUUACCACUCAGUCAGUUAAGCAUCCAACUUCAGCUCAGGUCAUGAUCCCAUGGUUUGUGAGUUCAAGCCCCGCUUGAGGCUCUCUGCUGUCAUUGCAGAGCCCGCUUUGGAUCCUCUGUUCCCCUCUGUCUGCCCCUCCCCUGCUUUCUCUCUCUCUCUCUCUCUCUCUCUCUCUCUCUCUCUCAAAAAUAAACAUUAACAAGCAAAGAAAAGAGAAAGUAGAGAAGAUACAAAGAAUUCAAGUAGUAUUACACAGAACUAUGCUUGGCUUCCUCGGACAUUCCCUAGCUGGUUCCCCCAGUUCUGAGUUCAUGCUGCCGAUGUAUAUUUCAUAUAACCACUCAUUCUGGGGUCUGUGUUAGAAUGAAUGCUUUCUCUCCCAUACUGAAGUGAUUCUGAAUUCAGCAUUCUUGACCUGAGCGUUUGGCCAUUCUCUGGCUUAAAAUUCUGUUCAAAUUAGUUUGGCCCUGUGGUCUCCUUGCACCCAUGAGGUUGACUUAGGAACUCCUCUUUAGGUGAAAACUCACUUUUCAGGUUCUACCUCCCACCCCUGUAUCUCUGACCUAAGCUAGCCUGGUUCAUGACAGAGGUGAAGCCUGUCAACUGGCUUGUUCAGGGUUGUCGCUUGAAACGUCACCACGGGCACCGCUUCUCUCGCACAACCCGCAAAGAAACCUCAGAGCCACACCACCGCCUUCCUGAAAACCAGCCUGGCAGGGAAGCAUCCGGCCUGCCCAGAGGCAGAACUGCUGGAGUGCACAAACGCAGAGGAAAGAUGACGCGCGCUGCCGUGAACGGUAGAGACGAUCCCGCCGGGAGCCUCGUCCCGCUCGAGCCAGUGCUCUGGGUGCCCUCAGGAGAUGUGUGUGACUGUGCUGCAUGCGGGCACGGGCCGCGUGUGGGUCAGCGUGGCGCCUGGGAAGAAACCACAUGUCUUUGGGGUGCCUGGCAGCCCCCGCCCUGCUCCCCACCGUGGGUGCCGUAGUGGGCGUUCACCUCUCCCCGAGGGGUCACCCGCCCUGCUCUGGCACUGGGCCGUGGGCAAGCACGGAACUCGGACCCCAGAUCCACGCGGCAGUGUCCUCCAGAGCAAGCUCAGUACGAGGUUAGGAUUUUUCUGUGUGCCUGUUUGGAAGAAAUAAGAAAAACACAUUUACUUUUUU